AUGCAAUUAAUAUCCACCAGGCUACAUCGUUCCGCACACAACUACAUUGUUCUGCCGAAGGGAAGUGAGCCUGAUGAGUUUGAAGGGAGGUUGGCCGAUGGUCAGUUAGCUGUCCUGGCUAAAGUUCUGGAACGAGAGAUAAUAGAAGAUUGGGCUAGGUUCAAUAUGGCAGUUCAAAAUGUUUACAAGAGAGGAAGGGACUCUGGACUUCGUCGAGGUGGCCUAUCACUUUGGGUCCACUCUGGAGACCUUGCUUGUAAAUGCCCCAAAAUCAGAAGCAACAAGUCUUACCUGAUCCUUGGAAAAGAAAAGGAUGGGGACCGACCAGGGUUGACAAUCACACAAAGGUCAAUCGUCAUUGAAUGGAAAGAAGAAUGGCAUAACCGCAUGAGAAGGUUCCAGCGAAGAUCGAAGCAAUGUAACUAA